CCGGAAUGCGUUGGAAAACGGUAUAUUUUUCUGAAUGUGCGUCCCCACCGGAAUAAUAACAACAAUAAUAAACAGACGAGAUAAAUGACAAUUGAUAAUUGAUAAUUGAUAAUUGACAAUUGAUAAUUGAUAAUUGUCUGAAGCCGAACUCCUUGCGCGAGAUAGGUGGGCUAUAAUUGGAACGAAUUCACGUAUUAGCUGGUUCAAGCAGACUGCUUCAGCUGGUCGCUGGGCUGUUGUCUGUUUUCAAGAGACGCCGUUAUCAGAUUUUUGAGACUUAAAGGUCAACAGGUCCAUUGAUUAAAGACGCCGAGAGUAAUAAAAAGUCGAUAGUCGAUACCCAAUACCCGAUUCGUUUGAUCUCGCGUCCGAACGUCGUCUGCGUCUAUUUCCGAAUCGCUUUUAUUGUACACGGAUUGCGGGUUUGUCCGAACCGAAAUAGAGACCGUAAGCACCGCCGUCCGUGUCCCGUGAUCCACUCACUAGUCACUACUCAGUCAUAGUUCUGCCAAUUGCCAAUGCUAUUGCACGUUUUCGGUACUUCAAAAAUGGAUAACUACAAGUGUUCACUGUCCGUCGUCGACGUCUACGAUAUGGCACAGGACAUCGGACGAGAGUUCGAGUCCAUCAUUGAUGCGUAUGGCACUGAUGCCAUAACAGGAUUAAUGCCCAAAGUGGUAUCCGCCCUAGAGCAGAUGGAAAUAUUGGCUAUGAAGAAUGAACGAGAGAACACCACUGUGGAUGACCUACGAGCGACAAUACAACAACUGGAAAUGGACAAACAGGAACGGACUGAGGAUAGGAUCAAAUAUGAGAAGGAGAUGGAACAAAUCGAAGAUAAGUGGCGUGAAGACUAUAACGAAUUGUUGACUACUGUUUCUAGACUUCAAGAUGAUAACCGUAAAUUGACAGAGUCUUUGCAAGCUGCUGAAAAGGAUAAGAUUGUUGAUUCAAAAUCACAAGUUUUAAGUCCAGAUGUUGAUACUGUUGCUCUUCAACGUCUACGCCAUACCGUAGACCAAAUGCGUGAUAGUAUUAGAAGCUAUGAACAUCAAUUAUAUUCAAAGAGUAAUGAAGUUGAUUCAUUGAACGUUCAAAUGGAUAGGUUGCAAACUACUUUAAAAGACUUGCGACGUAAGCAUCGUUUUGCACAAUUACAAUGUCGUGGUUUAGUUGAAGAGAGGGCAGAUAUUCUUUCCCAACUUCAAAAGCAGCAAAAAGAAUUUAUAUCACUUAGACAAAGGUUUGGUGUAGCUCAGAAAGAAAAUGAAGACCUAUCAAAAUAUAGAGAUGAUUUGCCUGAUUUGAAAAAUAAAGCCAUUUAUGAUUUAGACGAUCCAGAUAGACCAAAGUUUACUACAAACGAACUGAAAGAUAUUUUGACGGAACGUAAUGAACUAAAAACUCGUGUUAAUGAUCUUGAAGAUGAACUCUUACAGUAUAGGCCGGUUGAACAGUCGACAAUAUCCCAGGAAAGGGAUGAAAUCCAAGAAACGCGGGUACGAAGAAUUUUGUUACGAAACUGUACCACCAGAACAGACAGUGACCGACAAAAUCCUGACACCACUCCGGGCGAUAAGGAAGACACGCAAGUGUCAAUCAUCACCCCAGAAAUUUCAUCUGAUGUAACAUCCCCAAUCAGAAUAUUGAUUAAUUAAUUUUUCUCAAAGACAAAAACAACAACUUCAAUAUGCAAGACUAAAUUGACCAUAUAAAUACUGAAAAAGUUGUUUCAAGUAUGCUAGCGUUUAUAUAUGUAUCAUUUGAUAAUGUAAAAAUAAUAAACAGGGUUGGAACUUUAUGCGCUAAAAAACAAUGUAAUAUGUGCAUACGUAUGUACUAAAAAACGCAAAUAUGCUGUAUAAUAUGCAUAUAUUAUUUUAUAAUAUAUAUAUAUUUUAAGGUAUAAUUAUAAAAAAAAAAUAUUUUUGGAUCAUAAAUAUUUUAUUUAUAUUUUUUUUUGUUGAUGAUUUGGAGCUGUUAUUCUAAAUCUAUUCCCAGAAUCCUAAAUUUAAAAAAAAAUAGCAUUUAUCGAAUACAGCGAUUAUUAAAUAAUGUUAGGUAUUAAUUAGUAUUUAUCCAACAUAUUAACAACAUCACAAAUUUUUCAUAGUAUUUACAAUAAUAAAGUACUGCAUUGAUGCAGGUACUCUAAAGGGUUAUGAUUGGUUCUAGAAGUAAAGGGAUCCCCGGUGCGUAAUUUUUGAAAAUUUGUAUACGUGAUGGUGCUUUUUUAAAUAUUUUUUUUACGUUGGCUACGAUUUUACGAUCAGUACUAAACUGAUUUCGUACUUUCUCUGAAACUCUAUAGAGACCAUGAGCAGCACAUGUACCAUUUUAAAGUAGAAUGCGUUCAAAUAGAUUUCCCACAUUUUAUCAUAUACGGUACUAUUUAUUUGUAAAUCAUUUAAUUUACAAUAUUCAAUUAUUAAAAAUUUGUUUAUUUUUGUUGAUUUCUAAAACGCUUUAACAUAAAAUGCAUUUACUAUACUCAAAAUCUUUAAAUAUGCAAAAUCACAUAAAUUUAGUAAAAUGUGCAAAAAUAUGCAACAUAAAUUGUUGUAUUUUAAUAGUAUGGUUCAUGAAACGAAUUUGUAUCGAAUCAGAUUAUAAAUAUGCUUCCUGAGAAAGAUGCAAAUGCAUAAAGUUCCGAGCCCUGAUAAUAAAUAAUAUACUCUGUCCAGAAAGUAAAUACAUUGUUCUGUGAAUCUUCUCGUAAUACACUGCCAUCAAGACUGGUUCUACUAUGGCAGGUGUCGUGUGUAUUUUUGUCGGUCCUUAGUUUUUAUUUUUGCUGGACAGAGUUGUAUUAAAUAUUUAGACAUUUAAAUAGAGAUCUCAAUAGUUCAUUCAUUGUCGAAUUAUACAUUUUUUAGUUAAAUUUAUUUUUAUCUU